AUGUUUUCGGACAACGGAACCACCUUUGUGAGCGCUCAUAGGCAGCUCAAAGAGCUAUACGAGUUUUACAAUCAAUCGCAAACACAGGAUCGAAUUGCGCAAUUUUUAAGCAAUCAAGAGAUAUCCUGGAACUUUAUUCCGCCAAAUGCUUCCCACUUCGGCGGAUUGUGGGAGGCGGCGGUCAAGUCAGCAAAACUGCACAUGACUCGCAUUGUAGAUAAGGCUCAUUUAACUUUUGAAGAGCUACAAAUCGUCCUCUGUGAAAUAGAAGCGAUCCUUAACUCACGGCCUAUCACAGAAUUAAGUUCGGAUCCGAAUGACAUGUCACAUUUAACACCGGGACAUUUUUUGGUUGGCACUGCACUAAAUAGCUUUCCUUCCAGAGACCUCAACGACGUUCCAGAGAACCGAUUACUAAGAUGGCAAAGGCUCGAGCAGAUUCGGCAGCAUUUUUGGCGGCGGUGGAGCACCGAGUACUUGCAGUCAUUGCAAGAGCGAAAUAAGUGGAAAAUGAGCAAGGGUAACCAGUUACUGUCCAAUCAGCUCGUCCUCGUGAAACAGCCGAAUCUAGCGCCAUUGAAUUGGAUUUUAGGAUUUUAG